AUGAAUUAGUCAAAGACUUAAAAUUCUUAGCAAGCCCCUAUAACAGACGAUGAAAAACAAAAGCAAAAAAAAAAGAUAGUAGAAAUUUUAAAAAAACCACCUCUUACAAGGUUAUAGUCUCAAUUAGUAUAGCUGCAAAAAGCAACAGAAAAUAUAAAAUUCUUUAAAGAGUUGAAUGAAAAAGAAAAGGAUGAUGAGAUUCACAAAUAAUGCUGCUAAUAUAUGAUGUAUGAAUAACAUCCAAAAGGACAUCCUGUCAUAGUGAUAAAUACUGUUGGAGAUAAAUUUUAUAUUAUAUUAAGCGGAAGUUGCUCUGUUCAUAUAAAAAAAAAUCAAGAUGAUCAAUCUGAAAUUCCUGAAUUAAUUAAGGUUGCUGUAAUGCCAACAGGAGCUGGAUUUGGUGAACUAGCUCUUAUAAGCAAUAAGCCGAGAAUGGCAACUAUUAUUUGUGAAGAAGAUUGUGAAUUUUUAACUCUAUAAAAAAGACCUUUUGACAAAAUUCUUAAGAAUAAAAAUCAAAUAAACUCAAAACUAGCAUAUUUAGAAUCACUAGCAUUUUUGCAGGAAAUAAACAAAGGAUACUUAAGAGAUAUAUAUUCUAGAUCAGAUUUCAAGAGCUUUGUAAAUAAAUAAAGCGUAUUCCUAGAGGGUGAGGAAGCAGAUGCUAUGUAUAUUGUUACAAAAGGCACCUUUAAAGCUAUGAAAAAAUUUUAUGUGAAAGGUCCACAAGAGAAUGAUUUAAGCUAAAAGAGACUCGAGGAUUAGGCAAUAGAAUAAUUCAGAGUAAAAGAAAAAAAGCUAGAAUUUAAAGUUAUGCAGAUUAUGACAUUUAACUAAAAUGAGUAUUUUGGAGAAGAAGAACUAAUUGAGAAAAAAAACAAUUUUGUUGAUAAUAAAGAGAGCUCUGAUUCAUCAAAAAGAUCGUACACAGUAAUUUGUGAAAGUGUUGAAGGAGAGCUAUUAAGAAUUAGAAAAUAAUUAUUUAGAGCUAAAGUUAUGGGAGAUUAUAAUGGAGAAAGAUAUAUGCUUGAGCAUGUUAGAUAAAAGAAAAAUAUGUUAAAAGCUAAGUGCUAAUAAGUACAAGAGCAAGUUGAUAAAUUCUGGAAAUAUUUAAAAGAAGAUAGGCAAUAGCUUUAAAAUAACUUAUAAUUAGAAGAAGAAAGUAAAAAGCGUAAGCUUAUUGCAGAUUAAUUCUCCGACUCAUCAUCUUUCACAAAUUUGGAUGAUCAUAUGAAGGCUUAAAAACCCUCUUAAAGAAAAUUGCUAAAGAAAGGUUCACUUAAUUUAGAUAACCAAAUAGUGUAAUUUAUGACGGGAAAUGAUUUGUUAGAAGAUAAAUAAUUAACUAGGAAAGGUAAAAAAGAUGCCUUAGAUAAACGAUAUUCUUUAAUAACAUCAAACAGAGAGCUUUUAAGUUAAAAUUUGAUGGCUAUGAUUGAAUAGCACGUUAAUCAGGGUAACAACAGCACUAAACCUUAAUCUUCUAAAAAUAUACCAGUUUAAUUAAAUCAAAGAAAAUCUCUUGCUAACUUAGAUAGUGUUUCUUAAAAAUAAUUCUCUGAGGGUCUGUAAAAACUAAUAAAUUAGAUGAAGGAUAAAGAAGUAAUUGAAGAAGAGGGCAAUUAAAACUAAGGCAAAAGCAAAACUAGCUAAAACUUUUUUUAAGAAGUUAUGAUCACUUAAUUUAUUAAUCAAGGCUAGUAGAACCAAAAUAAUUAAAGAAACAGCAAAAUUUUAGAUGAGAAAAACUAAUUUCUCAAAUAAUUAAUUGAGAAGCAAGAAGCAAAAUAAGUUUAAUAGCCAGCUAACUCUUAGUAGAAUUCUCCUUUCAAACAGAUAAAAGAGUUAUCACUGCAACAAUAAUAAGAAAUAUUAUUUGAACUUUUCUAAAAUCAUCCAAGCUAAAAGGAACAAAUCAAGCAAAAGAAAUACAGCAUAGCAAGUAAUAAUGAAAACCUCAUGUAAACAAUUUCUAGCAGAGAAGAUAAAAACAUAAACUUAAUGGGAUUAGAUAAUCGAGAUAUUCCUGUGAGUAAAUAUGAAAUGUUCAAAGAUAUAAUUAAAAUUGAAGAAAAGAGAGAAUUCAAAUUCACAGAUGAUACUAAAGAUGAUAUCGUAACCAAAAAGCAGAUCCAAAAAAUGCCUUAUAAAAACUAUUUAAAAGAACAAUAAGAAAAAAACUAAAAUAAACUAUUUCAAAGUCUAAAAAAGAAAGCCACAAAACACAUUAAAAUAGAUGCAAGUCAAUCAAAAGACGAGCAUAAUAUCGUCUUUAUUGAGCCUUACAAAUCACUAAAUUCAAGUCCAAAUUUUAAGAAUUUCCCAUUAAAUAACAUCUAAGAAAAUAAUAAUCAAUACUUUUUCAAUGGAAAUAUACCUCAUCACCAAAGCUUAAAUCAGUUAAGUCCAGCUAUAACUCCUGAAUAAUUAAAUGCACCUAGAGCAUAAAUAUAAUCUUAAUAGGACUAAACAAGAAAGUCAAUAUCAAUUAAUAUUUUAUAAAUAGAUCCUUCAAAAAAAUAAGCUGGGCCGUUAUCUCCUAAAAUCCACCCCAGCAGUAACAAAAUCAAUAUGAUAAAGAAGAAUUUAUUUGAAACUGUAACUUAAAUAGCUAAAAGUGAAUAGAAAAUAAAAAAAGGAACAGUUCCUUUAAGUGAAGAUCAAUAUUAUCACACUAAAAAUAAAUCUUAAUGUGAAUUAUCCUAUCCUAUUACUAUACGCUCCUAAGCUUUUAUGACGCAAUAGCAGCAAGAUGAUCUUUUCGGGGCUAGGUCUUAAUCUUAACAUAAUUUGAUAAGCUGCAAUAGUAGGGAUAACAUAUAGUCUGGCGGUAACUAAAAGCACAAACUUUAAUCUAUGUAAUCAGGAAUAAUAUCUCCUAUAGAAGAGGAAUGCCUAACUUCAAAGAAUAUAGAGUAUAAUGACUAAAAUGAUGAAUAGAGAGUAAAUCCUCAAUAAGCUCUUUAGCACAAAAUGAGCAUUCCAUCAUUAAGAUUUAUAAACCACGAAAAUUAAUCUCCUGACAAUCAUACUUCAUUAAAGUCUAUCCCAAAGUUUUUACCCACUCAAGGUGAUAGUCCACAAGGCUAAAGAUAGGAAUAUUAUAUUGGAUAGGUAAACUCUUUACCUUAAAAUAAUCUAACAAAAGACACUAAAUAAGCUAAUCAACCUACCACUACAGAAAAUUUGAUGAAUUAAUAACGAAACUAAAAGCAUUUUAGUUUAAAUUUAAGAAGUGCUGGGUCUCAUAGAGUAAUCAGAUAAAGUUAAAAUCCAUCUAUAAGUACACCGAAUGAUUAAGUUUAAAACAAUUCUAGAAUAUCAAAACUGAAUGAACUUAGUUAAAAUACAAGUGUAUCAUCACCUAUUGGCAUGCAAAAAAAGAAUUUAUCUCUUAAAAUUAUUAAUGGAAACAGUUUGUUUAACAAAGAUAAGAAUGGUGGUAUAGUAAGUAAAUAAGUGGCCAAUAACUUCAAGUCUGCAAAUAUAUCAAAUCAGAAUAGUAACAGUAAUGAUAAAUCAUUACAAGGUCAACACACACCUGUAUAAGAAGAAGAAAGAGAAGAACAAACUCCUAUUGCUAACAUGUUAUAUACUACUCCUAAUACUUUUGCAAAAACUCCUUAAAAUUCUAAAUUCAAUUUAAAUAAUGAAAUAAGUAGCUCAUCAUACAAAGCAAAUGGAUAUGGAGGAAUGCUUACUACAAAUAUUAGUGGGGAUUCUCCAUAAGUACAAUAAAUACAGUACCUUUAAAGAAAAUUUACCUAUGACUCCUCAGGAAAAAAUUCUAAAGAGGGAGGUAAUUCUAGUAAUAACAAUAGACCAACAUCAGGAAACGCUGAAAUUAGACCAUAUUCUGCAUUAAAUAAAAAUAAAGAAGGUACAAACUUGUUCUUUAACUUCCCAAAUGCAAACAAUUUCGUAAAGAGCUCUGCCAUUAAAAAGUAAAAGCUCCUAUCUCCUAACAGUUUCAACAGCACUGUGAGCGGUAGUCCAAAUCUAAAUUCAAGAAAAAAUAUAUCAAUAAAAUAAAUAUAAGAUUUAAAAAGAAAAAGUUUGUAAAAUGAGAUAGGUCCAAUAAAGGCCUUAUGUGGAAAUGGAGCAGCUAAUCAUUCUCAAAGUUUUACAAACCUUCCUUAAAAUACAAAUGAAAAUACAGUAACAAAUUCAAUCGCCCAUCUAGCCUCUCAUAAUGGGCAUAGAAAUAGUAACUAUUAAUUAUCUAAUAUGUAGUAUUAAUUAAAUGAUGUGAAUAAUAUAAAUGACUUGAAGACUAUCUAACAAAAAUACAACAAAUCAGAUUUUUAUUAAUCAAAUCAUAAACCCCUAACUUUAUUUGAUGGAUUUGAAGAUAUUCAAGAAUCAGUGAAGUCAUAAAUUAAGCCCCCAAUAUAGAUGAACAAGCGCUUUUAAAAAGGCUUUAGUAUUACACACACUAAUAAUUUGAGUCAUAGAUGA